AUGGCCAUGAAUACACGGGUCAAAUACGCGGACGAGAUUGGUAAGACCGCCGUUCCUUCUUAUAUUGCAGGAGAAGACACCCGGACGCACAUUAAGGACUUUCUCGAGACCUACAAGGCUGUUUUGUCGGAGGCUGAUGUUGAGGAUACCUCUCUUGAGCUCGACGGCAACCUCGACCCUCAGCUCAAGUAUUUCAUGCAGUUGCAAAUGAUUGCCAACCGCAGACAGAAGAAGCUGGUCAUUCACCUCAACGAUGUUAUCAAGGCAAGUUUUGAUCGCACCAAGGCCUCAAACCUGGCUCCUCACGUCAUGGCCAACACGAAGCGUUACGUGAGCCUUUUCUGUAGCGCCAUUGACGCUAUCAUGCCACUUCCCACGGAGGAUAUGGAGGCUAAAGCUUCUGUCCUCGAUGUUGUUCUCAGUCAGCGCAGGAGUCACAACGCCAACUUUGUCAAUGCCAACGGAGAGGUUCCCCUGGAGGAGCUUCCCUAUCCUCCUGCGUUGACCAGAAGAUACCAAAUCGUCUUCAAACCCCCAACCAGCCAAAAGGCGCUCUCUGUCCGCGAGAUCAAGGCUGAAUACCUCGGAAAGUUGGUCACUCUUCAGGGAAUCGUCACCCGUGUCACUGCUGUCAAGCCCUUCGUCGAGGUGGCCGCCUAUACUUGCGAAUUAUGUGGAACUGAAAACUUCCAGGAGAUUACCGCCCGCCAGUACAUGCCUAUGACCGAGUGCAACUCCCUGGCCUGCAAGACCAACCAAACGAAAGGAAAACUUCACGAGCAAACUCGUGCCAACAAGUUCUUGGAGUUCCAGGAGGUCAAGAUUCAAGAACUUACCCACCAAGUCCCCGUUGGACACAUCCCUCGUUCGAUCAAGGUGCACCUCUUUGGUGUGAUGACCAGAAGCAUGAACCCCGGUGACACUGUUGCAGUUUCCGGUAUUUAUGUUCCUAUCCCUUACACUGGAUUCCAGGCCAUGCGCGCAGGACUUUUGACCGAUACUUACUUGGAGGGCCACCAUGUUGAACAGUCUAAGAAGCAAUACUCGGAGAUGACGCUCACAGCCCAGGCUCAGGAGGAAUUGGAGGAUAUGGCUCAGGAUCCCGAUGUCUACAACAAGAUGGCUCGUUCGAUCGCUCCCGAGAUUUACGGUCACGAGGAUGUGAAGAAGGCAUUGCUGUUGCUGAUGAUUGGCGCCCCCACUAAGGCCAUGGGCGAUGGCAUGAAAAUUCGUGGAGAUAUCAACGUUUGCUUGAUGGGUGACCCAGGAGUGGCCAAGUCGCAGUUGUUGAAAUACAUCACCAAGGUUGCCCCCCGUGGUGUUUACACCACUGGUAAGGGAAGUUCCGGUGUCGGUUUGACCGCUGCCGUCAUGAGGGACCCUGUCACAGACGAGAUGAUCCUCGAGGGAGGAGCAUUGGUUUUGGCUGAUAACGGUAUCUGCUGUAUCGAUGAGUUCGACAAGAUGGACGAGUCGGACAGAACGGCAAUUCACGAGGUCAUGGAACAGCAGACUAUCUCGAUCUCCAAGGCCGGUAUCACAACUACCCUUAACGCACGUGCCUCGAUCUUGGCCGCCGCCAACCCUAUUUACGGUCGCUACAACCCCCGCAAAUCGCCUGUCGAGAACAUCAACUUGCCUGCCGCUUUGCUCUCACGUUUCGAUAUUCUCUUCUUGAUUCUCGACACUGCCAACGAAGAGAACGAUUCGCGCCUCGCCGCCCAUAUUACCUACGUCCACAUGCACAACCAAGCUCCCAAGAUGGAUUUCGAGCCCUACAGCGCAAGCUUGAUGAGACAAUAUAUUGCUGCAGCACGGCAAAGGAGGCCUACUGUCCCCAAGGCAGUCUCGGAGCACAUUGUGGACGCCUAUGUGCAAUCGCGCCAGAACGGAAAGGCCGAGAGAGAGAGCGGACAGGAAUUCACGUACGUCAGUGCGCGUACUUUGCUCGGUGUUCUUCGUUUGGCACAGGCAAUGGCUCGUCUCCGGUUCUCGGAUGUUGUUUCGGUUGAGGAUGUGAACGAGGCUCUGCGCUUAAUCGAUGUCUCGAAGGCAUCACUCUACGAUAACGACGGUGGUCAAAACGGAAGAGACGGACGCAACUACCAGUCGCCCACUGACAAGAUCUACGACAUUAUUCGCACGAUGAGCAAGGACCCUGAGGAUGGCUGGCGUCUGGUUGAAGAGUUGAGGCUACAGGAGAUUCGAGACCGUGUCCUGGCCAAGGGCUUCAAGCUCCAGGAGUUGGAGGAUUGCUUGCGCGAGUAUGAGGAUAUGAACAUUUGGUUCAUCAACGAUGCACAGACCAAGCUUACCUGGAUCUCGAGGGACUAG